AUGGCAGAGACCAAUGGGGAGUUGGAGCACUCGAAAGAGGUUCCCCAAGCUUCCCAAGAGAUUGCCAAUGGCAAUGCCCCCGAGGGCACGGAGGAGGACAACGCCGGUGGUCUUUUCCAGAUCACCGUGAAGUUGCCUCAUGCGCCGCAUAAGAUUUCCGUCAUGGUGUCCAAUCAAGAGCAGGUCCAGGAUGUCCGCCAAUCGAUCGUCGAGCUACCGGGAACAUUCCAAUAUACCUGCUUCCAUCUCGAAUUCAACGGCAACCGUAUCAACGACUUUGUCGAGCUGUCCGAGGUGCCAGGCCUUCAGGCCGACUCCGAGAUUGUCCUGGUCGAGGAUCCCUACACCGAGAAGGAGGCUCGCAUGCACGUUGUGCGCAUCAGGGAGCUGCUUGGCGCUUCUGGUGACCGUGUUGACAACCUUCACGGUAUCUCUGCUGGCCUGUCCCUGCACGAUGCUAUUUCGGCGGACGCUACCAAGGCCAGCGAGUCGGAGAAGGAACACUCGCUCUCCAAAUAUGACCUGAAUGGAGAAUCCUCGUUGCAGACUAUCCUGCCCACCACACAGGCCCCUCUGCCAAAGACAGUGAGAUCUAUCUCGUUGUCUUCAUGGAACCCUGUUCCGUACAACCUCCGCCAGAAGGGUCACUUGCUCUACCUCGUGGUGGCCACCAAUGAGGGUGAACAGUUCCAAAUCACCGCUCAUGUGUCUGGGUUCUUCGUGAACAAGUGCUCCAGCGCCAGAUUCGACCCGUUCCCUAAACCCACACACCCGAAGAAGGGCAGCGCCCACUCUCUGCUCACCCUGAUCUCCCAGCUCUCCCCCUCGUUCGAUGCCUCCUUCGAGGCACUGCAGGAGUACAACAAUGAGAAGGAUCUUUUGACCACCUUCCCCUUCCAGAAUGCCAUUCCCAACAGCCCAUGGCUCAUCGCCCCCAGUGUUUCGAGCUUGAAUGCCCACCAGCCCGAUAUCACCCGUUCGCAGGAGAACUACCUGAUCUCUGGUGUUGAUAACGCUGAGACUCUGCGUGAUUGGAACGAGGAGUUCCAGACAACCCGUGAGCUGCCCCGCGAGACCGUCCAGGAUCGUGUGUUCCGGGAGCGCUUGACCUCCAAGCUGUUCGCCGAUUACAACGAGGCUGCUGCUCGCGGUGCAGUCCUGGUUGCUCGGGGCGAGGUUGCUCCCUUGAACCCCACUGAGGCGCGGGACGCCCAGAUCUUUGUCUACAACAACAUCUUCUACUCCUUCGGUGCUGAUGGCGUUGGCACUUUCACAUCUGAGGGUGGCGACGAAGCCGCUCGUGUGGCCGUAGGCAAGGACGUCCUUGGAAUCAAGGCUGUUAACCAGCUCGAUAUCGAUGGAUUGUUCACCCCCGGAACCGUUGUAGUUGACUACUUGGGCAAGCGUAUUGUUGGCCAGAGCAUUGUUCCAGGUAUCUUCAAGCAGCGCGAGCCCGGCGAGCACCAAAUUGACUACGGUGGUGUUGAGGGCAAGGAGGUCGUGGCUACCCACCCCGACUUUGUCCCCGUCUUUGAGAAGCUCUCCAAGGCGCUGCGUGUCAAGCAGCACCCUGUCUGGGAUAAGGACAACAAGCGCCACGACCUGGAAGGUAGCGUGGAGACCAAGGGUCUUCUGGGUACCGAUGGCCGAAAAUACGUCCUGGAUCUCUACCGCGUGGCUCCUUUGGAUGCCGAGUGGCAGGAAGAGGAUGGCAGCGAUGUCUACCCCCACCGUAUGUCCGUCCUGAGACUUGAGUUGGUCGAGUCCUACUGGCGCCACAAGAUGAGCCAGUACGUGAAGGCUGAGGUGGAGCGUCGCAAGGCUGCUAGCGCUGAGGCCGCCAAGGACGGCAAGUCCGAGGAAGAGAACGCCGAGCAGGAGCGAGUUGACAUUUCCGGAUUCCAGCUGGCUCUGAACCCCGAUGUCUUCAGCGGCCAGGUUCCCCAAACCGAGGAGGAGAAGGAACAAUGGGCAAAGGAUGAGCAGGAAGUCCGUGAUGCCUGCGAUCACCUGCGUUCCAAGGUUAUCCCCGAUUUGCUCAAGGACCUGCACGAUGGCGACGUCGGCUUCCCCAUGGACGGCCAAUCGCUGACCCAGCUGCUGCACAAGCGUGGUAUCAACAUUCGUUACCUCGGAAAGUUGGCUCAGCAGUCCACCGAGAAGGGUCCUCGCCUGCAGGCCCUGUCUACCCUUUUGGUCCAGGAGAUGGUUACUCGUGCCUUCAAGCACAUUGCCAACCGUUACCUUAGCAACCUCCCCGCACCCUUUGUCGCUCCCUGCCUUGCUCACCUGCUGAACUGUCUUCUCGGUGCCGAUGUCAACGCCACUCCCAAGGCGGAGAUUGACGAAUCUCUGCGUGCAAUCUUCCCGGAGGGUGACUUCUCCUUCGAGAAGGUCACUCCGGAAUCUCUCCGCGCCGAUAUCGAGAAGCAGGUCACAAUUCGCUUCCGCUUCUCCCUCGAGAAGGACUGGGCCAACUCUUUGAAGCACUUGCAGCUUCUGCGUGAUAUCUCGAUCAAGCUGGGUCUCCAGCUCGGAGCCCGCGACUUUGCCUUCACUAAGGCCCAGGUCAAGGAACAGAUCGUUCUUCCUGUCACUAACGGCUCUGCUCACGAAGAGCAGCAGCCUAAGCGGAAGGGCAAGAAGAAGGGCGGUGAUAACAAGUCCCCAGCCCGCGCCGCCCCGGCGCCGGCUAAGGCCGCGGUCACUUUCACCGCGGAUGACAUCCUGAAUGUCGUUCCCUUGGUCCGUGAUGCCUCUCCCCGCAGCGCAUUGGCGGAGGAGGCCCUGGAAGCCGGUCGUAUCUCUCUCAUGCAGAACCAGAAGCAGUUGGGCCAGGAGCUCAUCCUGGAGUCCUUGUCCCUGCACGAGCAGAUCUACGGUAUCUUGCACCCCGAGGUUGCUAAGCUCUACCACCAGCUUUCCAUGCUGUACUACCAGACUGAUGAAAAGGAGGCUGCCGUUGAAUUGGCCCGCAAGGCUGUCAUCGUUACCGAGCGCACCUUGGGUGUCGAUUCCGCUGACACUAUUCUGAGCUACCUUAACCUGAGUCUGUUUGAGCAUGCUUCUGGUAACACCAAGACCGCCUUGGUGUACAUCAAGCACGCCAUGGAUGUCUGGAAGAUCAUCUACGGUCCUAACCACCCCGACUCCAUCACCACCAUGAACAACGCCGCCGUGAUGCUGCAACACCUCAAGCAGUACACCGAUUCCCGCAAGUGGUUCGAGGCCUCUCUUGCCGUUUGCGAGAACCUGUUUGGCAGGGACUCCAUCAACACCGCCACCAUUCUCUUCCAGCUCGCCCAGGCUCUCGCCUUGGACCAGGACUCCAAGGCUGCAGUCGGCAAAAUGCGCGAGGCGUACAACAUCUUCCUUGCUCAGCUCGGAGCUGAGGACCGCAACACCAAGGAGGCCGAGAACUGGCUCGAGCAGCUCACCCAGAACGCUGUCUCUAUCGCCAAGCACGCUAAGGACAUCCAGGCCCGUCGUCUGCGCCGCAACCCCAUCAACCCUCGUGUGUCUUCUAUGGGCACUCGCGUUCAGCCCCAGGUUGGCCAGACCGCGCCCGAAAUCACAGCCCCUGCCGAUCCCUCGGGUCUUGACUCCCGCAGCAUUGAUGAGCUUCUGAAGUUCAUUGAAGGCAGCGACGCCACGUCUUCUCGCUCCAAGCAGAAGAAGCGUGCCGCCAAUCCUAAGCUCCGUGGUUCCAAGCAGUCUAAGGCAUGA